CACCAACCCCAACCCCAACCUCAAUCCUAAUCCUGUCUCCAUUUCCACUAUAAAUCCUCAAAAAAACACAAAGCUACUAUCAGUACUUUUUACAAUGGCGAUGAGAAAUUACUGUUUGAGCGUGUUUACGGUGGUUUGUAUCGUGAUAUGCGGGAGCGGAAUCGGUGGUUCGGCGCAGUCGUUAGCCGACCAGUGUGCUUCGAAGCUACCGGAGGUGAUGACAUGUGUUGCGUUUGCGUCAGGGAAAGAGUCGACGCCGCAGAAGAAGUGUUGUGAUUCGGUGACGGAGAUGAAAGAGAGUAAUCCGGCGUGUUUGUGUUUUCUGAUACAGCAGAUCCAUAACGGAACCAAUCCGGCGCUUAAGUCCAUGAAUAUUCAAGAGGCUCGUCUUCUUCAGCUGCCUUCUGCUUGUAAAAUUGCUGGUGCAAGUAUCAGCGAUUGUCCAAAGCUGUUAAAGUUACCACCAAAUUCACCUGACGCUGCAAUCUUCAGUAAUGUAACUACUACACCCACCACUUCUCCAACAGCAGGAGGAACGACGUCGUCAACCUCUACAUCCCCUUCACAUGGGUUCAGUGUCUGCCUCGUCGUUCUUCAGGCGCCGAGUUAUUUAUGACAUUUGUCACCCAUAACAUGUCAGUCUGACUAUAGCUAGUAGUCAGGGUGUGAGAUCAUCAGUCCCGUAUAGAUCUAUACACAAGUAUCAUGCUCUCGUAUCGGAGAUUCCGGUUAUAAAUACAGGACUUACGCGAAUACCUCAGUUAGGUACGAUGAAGACAAUGUCUCACAAAUUUAUUCAACGAGUGUACGUGUUUUUGUAAUGAAAACGUUUGUAUAUGUAAUUAUCCCCUCUUUCCAGGAUAAUAAUGAAAAUGACGUAAAACAAUUAUAUAUGCACUUUAUAUAAUUUUACCCUUUGCUCAACGGGUUACAAAUGGGGUUAAGUUUCGUAAAGUAUAUUUGUAAAACUUCGAUGAAAU